UAGAUCCGCCAUUUCAGUCCCGGAGUUUCUUGUUGCACAUUAGUUUUGAAUAAUUUUCUAAUUUUAACAUUUAAGCUGCAGAUAAUUGAGGUUUGUGUUGCAACAUAGAUUCAGUCAACCUAAACGCCUUGGCAUUAUUUAGUGGAAGUUGCCAGAGUCUUGGUAUUAUACUGUUUUUUUUUUUCAGCGGCAGCGUUAGUCAACCAAAGUUUUUGUAUGAGUUGCGGAUAGGGAGAGGCGAAGGGGAAAGGCCUCAAGCCUCGGACAGGAUUUCACAGCCAUGGCCGGUAAUUUUGAUGCCGAGGACCGUGCUAGCUGGUACUGGGGAAGGCUAAGUCGCCAGGAAGCAGUGUCUCUUUUGCAGGGACAGAGACAUGGUGUUUUCCUGGUGCGGGACUCAAUAACCAGCCCUGGUGACUACGUGCUGUCCGUGUCAGAGAACUCCAGAGUGUCCCAUUAUAUAAUCAACAGCAUCAGUAACAACCGGCAAUCUGGCUCAGGUUUGGCUCCUCCGCGGUUUCGGAUUGGGGAUCAGGAGUUUGAAGCGCUGCCAGCCCUGCUGGAGUUUUAUAAGAUCCACUACCUGGACACCACUACACUUAUAGAGCCCAUAAGCAUGGCCAGGCACACAGGUUUCAUCAGCUCCUCCUCUGUUGGUGUCCCUCAGCAGCCUGAGGAGGCUGAGUUUGUCCGGGCGCUGUUUGAUUUCCUUGGCAACGAUGAGGAGGACCUUCCCUUCCGCAAGGGUGACAUUCUGCGUGUGCUGGAGAAGCCUGAGGAGCAGUGGUGGAACGCUGCGAACCAAGAGGGACGAGCCGGAAUGAUCCCUGUCCCCUACGUGGAGAAAUACCGGCCUGCCUCGCCCACUGCUGCCGGCCUGGGUCCCCCCGCUGCGGGAACUGGACAGGGGGGGCAAAUUGGAGGGGUAACGGGAAGCACAGACGGAACAGGGGCCCCACCGGCCAAUCCUCCGGGGGAUCCAGGCCAGUACGCUCAGCCUGUAGUCAACACUCAGCUUCCCAACCUACAGAACGGGCCUGUGUAUGCCCGGGCCAUUCAGAAGAGGGUGCCCAAUGCCUAUGAUAAGACGGCGCUUGCUCUAGAGGUGGGAGACAUGGUAAAAGUGACCAAGAUCAACGUGAAUGGCCAGUGGGAGGGCGAGUGCAAGGGCAAACGAGGCCACUUUCCCUUCACCCACGUUCGACUGUUGGAACAACAGCAUCCUGACGACGAGAGCUGAGAAACACACGCACUCCCAUCGCCUGCGCACAUCCCUUCUCUUUUGGCCAUUUUGUCAUGCUCAGAAAGAAAAAAGAUUUGUACAAGCACACAGUAUAUGAACCUAUGAGCUAAACCGAUCAGGCCCUCCUGACCCUACCAACACAAGACUUGUUGGUUGAUCUUGCCUAAUGUCAUUUUGAUGGACGUCGCUCACACUAAGAGUUUACACUAAGGUCAGACUGAUAUCGGUUUGCCCCUAUUAGCAUCUCUGUUCUUUUUUCUUUUCUUUUUUUUUUAAAGUCAGCCUUACCCACUACCAGUGUUGGCUUCCUCCUCGACUACAGCCUUGUAAAAAAAACCUCCAAAAUCUGCAAUGAAAUAGUUCCAUCAAGUAGCUAGCAACAUUUAUUGGUUUAAUAUUUAUUGGUGUAAAACCUUAAUUGAACACACUUGUGUGUUGCCUUACGCAGAAUCACGAGAGGUGAGGUGUGUUUAGCCUAGCUUAGCACCACGACUAGAAACAGGGGUGAACAGUUACCUAGCCAAGUCAAAAGAGAAAAGAACAAGUUGACAACUUCCAGUAACUUCGAAGCAGUUUUAUUUACUUUUUGUACACUGUUUGUUGAGCAGUUAUAGAAUUAAGGCAUUGUUUUAGGGUGCUUUGACACCGACCCUGCUUGGUGUUUGGAUCAGGUGAACUACUUCUUUUAGCUCGAUUUGUUUUUGGCUCGUGUAAAAGCUGUUAGUAAAGCUGUGGUGCAGACAAAACCAGUGGACCCAAACCAGGUUGCAGUUCGCCUCCAAAUAAACUCUGGAGCGAAUGCAAGCCAGACUUAAUGCAGGACUUUGUGAUGUUAGAUAUGAUUACAUGAAUUCAGAACAGAACACGGCAUUAUUUAUUACACACAAGGUCCAGUUGCAGUCACCGAGUUGCCUGUCAGUCCAUAUCACUUUAUGUUUACAGCUUUUUGCCUAUUUGUAAUAAGCCAUGAGAACAAGAAGUAGAAGGAGUAAGAACUAAAAGACAAUAAUGAACCUUUUUCUCUUUUGUCUGGACCAAAUGAACUAAAACUACAGGUAUAAAACCAGACAUCAGAGCUAUUUCUUUAUCCACCACCAGUGGACUCAUGCUGCUAACAGUAACAGAAUUUAAUCAGCUUUUAAUGGUGUAAAAGGCUGUGGCAGACUUUCAGUGGAAAAGGGAUGAAAAUUUUCAAAUGAAAGAGUUUGAAUAUUAGCAAAAUUUGAGUUUCAGUCCACAAAGGGCAGUAUUAGGCACCAGUAACCGAUAUCAGUCGAACCCUAGUUUACACACCUCCAGCCCAGUAUUGAAGUCUGCACUGCACAUACAGCUCACUGCAGAGCCAGCCCACUCUUCCCUUUCUGCCGUAUCUGUGUAUGCCCUCCCACUACAUUUCAUUCAUACACAGAAGGGAAAAAAAAUCAAUUGCACACAGGAGACAAAACACUCAGCUUCUCUCACCGAAUCAUGAAUCAGUGAGUUUUUGUAGAGCUAGACUGUGAACCUCCGAGCGAAACGAGCAAAGACUUUUCCUGAGGACGGCCCUCCUCGCAAAGAUGACUUCACCAACUUAUUACGUACUACCCACACUACAAACCAAGUCCUCUUUUUUUUGUACUAAAAGUGGAAAAUAUUAUGAUAGAAUUGACUAUAUAUAUACACACACCUUACAUGCUAAAUACUGUAAACAUUUUUUUCCUUCCUUACAUUUGAUUUUCUUUUACUUUUUGUUACCAGAGACUGUACGACUUUUAUUUUAUGUACCUCUUUUAAAACACUAUUCAGCGCCAACAUGGAUGGCUUCAGAUGCAGCAUUGUGAAAGAACAAAAGAAGCACCCUGUCACAGAGGACGGAAAGAUCCCCCGAGGCUGUUUUAGAAGAUGAGAUGAGAAAGGUUGAGUGAUUUUAUUUUUGUCUUCCAGCAGGCUUUUUAUGACAUUAUCAGUUGCAAAGGUUUUUAAGAAAAAAAAUCCAUCCUAAACACUAGUGCUCUUGCAUUUUUUAUGUAUAACUGGUAAAAGAGACAUAAUGUCACUAUGUCAUUUCUUGUGCCACUAAAAUGCUGUGAUCGAUACCUGCUGUAGGUUUGUUUCUCACCAGCUUCUUUUCGCAUCAGCUAUGAUUACACAUAAAGCUUUAAGCACACAUAUGCCCUCAAAGCAUUAUGUCAGUAUGAAAAUAAACCAUAAAAUGGUCAGUUUCUCAUCAAAAAUUUCCAGAAUUCUGUUUUACAAUGUGCUGGCUGAGCUUUGUCUCAAAAGCGGGGUUGUCCUUCUAAACAUUAUCUCCUGUGUUAGCCUGUGUAAGCUAGUGAGCACUUAGGUGGCUUGGAAAUGGUUUUGAAGUGUGGUAAAUAGCAAUGACGCUGAUGAAACCCUGUGACCAGUGACAGUAACACUGUUUUUGAGAGGAAAAUGCAUCCUGUGAUCAAAGUUGUAUUAUUCACAUGGUAAAGGAGACUAAAACUGCAUUCUACCUUAUACUUUCCAAGUCAGAAAUUCAUGUAUCAUCUUUCCCAUGAUGCAUAAAUGCAGUCGAUGUUGCUAUAUUUCUUGUUUGUUGGCAAUGCUGACCUACAGCAGGAAUAUGGUGAGUGACAAACCCCAGCUGCAUGUUGAAGUUGUUUGUUUUUUGUUUUGUCAGUCACUGGGGAGGAUUUGCUGAGUUAUGUCCUCUCUACCUCAUGUCUCAUGGAUUGGAAAAGAUGAGGAGUUCAAUAGGAAGUGGCCUGAAGCCUAAGGCUCAGUCAGUCAGUCAGUUUUGUUUUUGAUAUUUUAAAAUCAAUAAUGCGGACCCAAAUGGUUUCCAGAGCACUCCCAUAAAUAGAUUUUGUCUUUGUGCUUUCCAAAUCACAAGUUCCAAAAAGUCCUGGGGUCAGAUGUAAAAAUGAUGCCUACACACAGAAAUUAUUCAUAUAGCUUUAGCCUCACAGUUAUUAUAAAGAACAUGUGGUGAGAAGUUGUACAUUUCACACAUACAUCAAAACAGCAUAUUCAUAAUAUUCUUAAGGAGCUGAGUGUGAAAUGGUAACAGGAGCAGAAAUUAUUUUUUUAUACUCUAAUGACUUUUUUUGUACCUUGAUAUAUUAAGAUCUUUGAGCCACACUUUUGGGUUAUAUACAGCUCCAUACACAUCAGCAAACUCCUGCUAUAGUUCAAAGGCUCAUAUUACAUAUUUCCUUGUCAAGGCAAAAAUAUGUGAGCUCAGCAGAAAUAUUGGAAUUGAUCACAAUUAGUGGUUGAUAUGCUGAUAAAAGCUGGCUUUGUCUGCAUUAAGUGCAUUGUUUACUACUAGCACAGAGUGCCUGUAUAGAGCUUACGGGGUAUACAGGUGACCAGUUAAUACUAAAUGACUAUUGUGACAAGUGACAACAGUCAAAUGGCCAUGAAGUGUGCUGCUGCAAAUGGGGUGUGUUAGUGAUUUGGGGGAAGUAAAAUCAAGUGUGAGAUUUAUCCCAAAACACAGGAUCAUUGAGGAGUUUUAAUGUGUCAAAAACGGUUUGGGGAAUUUUAAAUUAUCUGUUGUAUAAUUUGUAAUGACAAACUUACAAAAAUCAAAAUUGAAAAUGCAAACUGUGAUGUCAGCUGUAGUUAUUAUUUUUUGCAUAGUUUUACAUCAACUGGAUAUCAAAAUGAUGUUUCAGUGGUGGUCAUUGCUUCUGCCAUAUUUCCCACAUUAUUCCUUCUAAUGGAAAGAAGUGAUUGUGUUUCUGUCCAUUCUGUAGUUGUACCACUUAAUUUAACAUUUCUCAUUUUUUCCCCAUUUGUUGUAAUGCCUUUAUGCAAAGUGUUGAUUGGGUAUUGCAUUCAGAUGCAUGGCACUGAACUCCCACUAAUUGUUGCCUUUGAGAGAAUUUUUCAGUUUUCAUUUCAUGGUUUCAUAGUCAUGACAUUAUUGUAACGCACAGCAAUUAAAGACCAAUGAAUUUUAGUUUAUUUUUUUUUUAGAGGAUACCACUAAUGAUUCUACAAUAUGCACCUUAUCUCCUUUACAGCUCAAGAAAAAACACAUUAAGUCUCAAAAUGCCAAAUAAUGUUUAAAUGUUCCUUUUUUUUGUAAGAUCAAAUAUUUUUGCCUUUGUGCCAUUUCACCCUGACUUUGAAGAGGACCGGAACAAGCAAAAAUAGGAUUUUUUAAGAGGUUGUACAAUAUGUCAAAGUGUUAUGAAAAUAUAUUAUUUGAAGUACAAAUUUUCCUUUUUAUUUUCUGUAGCAUGUAAUGUGUUAAUAUACCUAGUCAAUAAAAAAUAUACCAAAUUGUCA